AUGGACUUCCUGGAGCUGCCGCGGCGCGCGUGGCGGCCUUACGAUUUUCCCGAUCCGAGGCGGCUGUUUCCGGGAGCAAAUCUAGCGCCUCCAGCACAGCCGUUCGUCCCGCCUACCAAGACGGCCUUCGGUCACACCCGCUCCGCGCAUUACUUCUUCCUCCACCUGAACCCCUUCGCGCUCAACCAUCGCGCGGCGGAGUCCGUCGUCUUCUUUCCGUUCGUGCUGCUGACGUGCAUCGCCCUCCCAAUCUAUCUUUCGCCACGAUAA